GGGUUCGUAACAUUUGAAAAUGAAGACGUCGUUGACAAGGUCUGUGAAAUCCAUUUUCACGAAAUCAAUAAUAAAAUGGUGGAAUGCAAGAAGGCCCAGCCCAAGGAGGUGAUGAUGCCCAGUAAUGUUGCGCGCGGACGGGGAGCAGGUAGGGCUACGUACGACAUUGUGUGGCCCCUGGGAGCGCUGACUGAUGGUAAUGAUGGGAUGCUUUGUGUCCCUCUUACUACAGCUUCACGAACAGCUGGCUUUGCAGCUUACAGCUAUGGCCGCGGAGGCUUUCCAGGUUAUCCAAGCUUCAGUUAUCCUUUUGCAGUGGAGCUGAAUGGUCAACAGACGUCUCCGCCUCUACUAACUCAAGCACUUUCAGUGAUCAAUAACUAUGGGCCGCAAAGCUUCGCCCAGCCGACGUCACCGGCCAAUAGCCGUGGUUUCCCGGCUACCAACAGCCCUGGACCCAUCGACCUCUAUACCUCUGGUCAGGACAGUGUCGGCUAUGUGCAGGCCACCAGCCCCCAACCCACGGGCUUCCCACCUAUUGCUGUAAGUAGGAUUGGAAUGCGCUUUCACUCAGGUAUGGAGGAAGAGGAUAAACGAACUGUGUAUGGACAGCCUUGUGUUCUACAGCAAGUGGCACCAGUUCUCGCUUCCCUUUCCUUGGAUUUGGUGCCCGAAAGAGCGCACUUAAUUUGUGGUUGAUUAUUAUUCUUACUCUAACUCACUCCUCCACCAAAGCAUUACUAUUAUUAUUAUUAUUGCUCUUUACAAAGAAACAUUUUCACGUGGUCAACACUUAAACUGAUUUCGUUGGGGUUUUUCUUUCAUUUUGUGAGUGUUUUCUAUAAUUUGUUUGUUCGUGGACUAACUGAACAUGAUAGCUGCUUGGAACUCGUGGGAGUUUUUCUACCUUGAAGUGAAAAUAAGCAGCUCGUUUUGUUUCUCCUCCCAAAGACAAUUAUUACUAUAUUGUGUGCUUCUUAUUAUACACAUAUAUAUUGACAUUAUAUAUACACACACCCCAGAUGAACUGCAGCAUUUAAACUAUCAAGAAUUGCAAAUCUAUAUAUUAUAAGAAUAGCUCGACGUUGUAAUUGUUAAAUGUAAUGUGUUCCAAAGACGACUCUCAGUUACUAUAAUAAUGAAAUAAUAUUGAACUUUGGCUGUUGAAUCUACCAUCACAGUUAUAUUUGUGUUAUCACUGCUUAAUCUAUUGAAGAAUGUAUCGCAUUUACUUGGGUUUUUUUUUAAAGAAAAUCCAGUCGUAAUUAAAGGAAACCAGAGGCCUUCAGCAUUGCAAAUAACAACGAAUUCCAGCAGCACAUACUGUUACUUAUUUAUUACUAAUAUCACAGGCACUUACUUAGAAAGCUCAGAAGGUAGCUUUUUUCUUUUUUGCAGCAAAUGAAGUAUAGAGUCAUUUUAUGUCAUUUCUUUUAUUAUGUGUAUUGUUAAAGGUGUUUUGUAUUUUAUAUUGGCCAGGUUUCAUACCUGGUCACAUAUUUAGCCAAGUGUAUUUCAUUUGAAUGAAAUUCAUUUUUAGCGUAAAUGAUUUAUUAUGAAAAUUUUCCUGUACCAAGUUUAUUUCUUAAACAUGUUUUUAUAUAUGAUCUGCAAAUGUGCAAUAAAUUUAUUGCUGAAAUGUAUGUUAAUUUUGCUUUAUGCAUAUGUAUGGCAUCUAAACAAGUGGCCAUUUUAAAAGUAAAUAAAAUACAUUUGUGCUCUUAUUUUAGACAAAUUUAAUUUGCUUGAAUGUUAGAUUAAAUUUAGUAUGCUUACAGAUACUUAGUUACUAUAAAUGCUUAUAUAUUUAAAGACAUUUAUAAGAAACGGUUUUACAUUAUACUAAUUAAUUAGUUUAAUUAUUAGUUAUUUUGAAUUUCCAGAGUACCUAAUUUAUAAUAUUAAAAAUUCUCCUUCCACUUCUCAGAGUAUAUAUUUAUUUACCUGAUGUACAAAUUACAUAGUACAAAAAUAAUUUCUCCAUCACUCUUCCAUUAGUUUUCACAAAAGAAAGAAAAAUUGUGAAGAUGAUAUAUAUAUUCUAUUACUAAUUAUGAAAAAUGAUUAUCUGAACAUAUCUUAAAAAGCUAAUAUAUAACUCAUAGUCAUUAACAAGUAGUAGUAAUAUGAGCAUGUAAGAAUAACUUAACAAGGAAGAGAUAUUUUUUAACUGAUUUUAAUCUGAUAGAAUGAUUAAAUUUAAAAUAUUUCCUCAAAGGAGUUAUAUAUUGUUUACUAAGAUAAUAGCUAUAUAAGAAAAAUUUUAAAUGUGUAAAAUAUGAACAGAAAAUAAAUAAAAUGAUGCAAAUUAUAUAUUAGUAGUAAAAAGUAAUUUUCAAUUGCUGGUUAUUUUUCAAAUAUUGAUUUUAUUUGAUGAUAAGAGAUUAAUUUUAUGGAAAACAAUGAGUCUUAUUUCAGUUUCUUGUGUAGCACCGGGAAACAUAUUCUGACUCUAAUGAAAUGCCUUAGUUAUUUGUAAUUUACUUUUCAAUUUCCAUUUUUCUUCUGUUUGAUAAGUGAUGAAGCAUCUGACACUUUUGUAACUGUGAACAAUGCAUCUUAUUACUGUUAGGUUUUUAAAUAUAUAUAAAUAAUACCAAUAGUAUUAUGAUUAUUUUAAAUGAGCAAUAAAUUUUGUGCUUGAGAAUCAGAAAGGUAUAUAUAUAUCUCUGAAAAUAUUUUAAAGUGAUGUACGACUUGCUUUGGCCUUUGUAUUGUUCUAAAUAACUUAUUUUGUGCUAAAUGUAUAUUUUUUGUGAUUUAUUCUCGAGCAUGGAGCUUCCUUUUGCCUUUGAUGUCUUGUGUUGAAAUAUUACAUUAUGUUAGUUCCCUAAACUGGCAAUAAUUUAAGUAUUUAAGAUAACUUAUUUGUGUAAAAAAUAUCUUUGUAUUUAAAAAAAGUUCCUUAAUAAUAAAUUAGAUGUGUUUAGUUUAUUUUAGUCUCAUUAUCCAAAAUUAUUUGGAUUUAGAUUAGAAGAUUUAAUGUGGUCUUUUUCGUUCCCAAUUUUGACUGUUGCCUACUCUAAGCUUUGUUGCAAGUACUUUGAUACUUUUAUGAAUGAAUAAUUAUGAUGACCAAAAUUUAUAUUUGCAUGACAUAUUUUACAAUAUUGGACCUGAGAAAUUUUUGAUAGAAGAUUAAUAACUAUUUAUAUGCAGAAUGCAAAACCUAAAACAAACAUAUAGUUUUUAAUGAUAUUAACUAAUUGAUUCUUGCAUACAUUAUAGGACCUGUUAUUAUUGGAUCAGAAACAAGUACUGUAGUUUUUCAAAUGCUACGUUUUUCAGCGCAUUUAUGAUGCAGCAGAUCCAUUGUGAAAUAAUUAAAAUUUUCAAAUUUUGUGCAAACUGUUUUGUUAAACGAGCAUUUUUUUUAAUCCUAUGCAUAAUCCAAAAUAUUUGUGAAUGUACGUGAAAUUUUUGAGUUACUGAACAUGCUUUAUACGAAUUAACUUGUAAUAUUAUUUUAAUGUAAAUGUUGCUCUACAUUUUCAUUAACAUUUCAAUGUGCAUGAAUGAACACUAACAUUUUUUUGUUUUAGUUUUUGCAUACUGCCUUUAACUGAAACAAUAUCACGGAUGCAAUCUUGAAAUGCUAUUUUCUCUUUUUAUAGCUAUAGCAUAGUUCAUCUUAUAUGGGCUUCCUAAUGUGUAACUAAAACAUAUUAUCAGCUGAGAGACACAUUUUUGCUUCUUUUAUGUGACAUGUAUGACCACAUUUCUGUUCAUUUAAGCUUAAAAAUGUUGUUUUAUUCAGGUUAUUGUAUUUUACAUUAUUAUUAUUAUUAUUAUUAUUAUUUAUUUGUUUAUUUUCAGUUACAUUGUUUUUUAAGCAAACACUGAGUAUUGCAAUCUCUCACAAAUCUGAGGUUAGUGAAAAAAAUAUUAUGGUUUUAAACUACACUUAAACAGAAAAAAUGUAAGUUUCAAAAUAAAAUUAGUAUAAUUAACUAAUUUAUAAAUCAAAUAGAUGUCUUAUAUAUUUUACACAGAAAUAAACUAAAGUUUCUAUUUUUAGUACUGAAGAGGCAUUCUACUUUGAUUAAAGAAUUUUCAAACUUGUAUACUAUUGAUUUUGCAUAACUCUCUUCAUGUAUCCCUUAAAAAUUUUAAAAAAAAAAAAAAACUUGAUAUCUCCAAGUUUCUAUAAAUUUAUAAUCUAAUUCAUGAUAUAAUCUCAUUUCAAUGUGUAUUAAAUCUUAAACAUAAUUUUUUAUCAAAAUUCUAAAUUCUGAAAAAAAAAAAAUCAGAAUAAAUGGAAUGAACAUUUUGUUUUUAAAAAUCAGUAAGUGUUAAAAAUGAGUUUCCAUUCACAUAAAUCAAAGAGAGACAUUUCCAGAAGACGCAAAUAUUUUUUUAAAAGAGAGGUAAUAGUGAGCAUAGUAAAAUAUUUCAGCUACAUUUUCAGUGUAAUGAAGUAAUUUAAAUUACUUUCUAAUAUGCAUAAAAAAGCAAUAUCGCUUUGCUUAGAUAAUAAAUUCAGGGCUGUUUGAAAUCCUUAAAUUUACAACGUACAACAAAAUAAUUAUUGUUUAGUAAUGUUGGAUAAGGAUUUUAAUAUGAACAGCCUAAGAAGACAUAGAUGCUAUUUCGUAAUUUUUUAAUUCAAGUAAUGGGAUAAUUUUCUUAUUACAAGUUAUGUGGUGUUUAUAACUAUUUUUAGUUAUAUGUAGAAUUACAUUAAAUUAAUUAAAAUUAUUUUACUUCACAAUUACGACUAGCAAAACCACAUAUGGUGAGAGAUUGCUAAAAUUAAAUAUUUUUCUUAUAUUCAUAUUCUAGUAUUAGUAUAUAACCCCAAACCAGUAUAUAAUUCAGUAUAAUCCAGUAUAUAACCCAAAGCAACAUCAGUGAGGCUACCAAUAAGCCUGCUUUGUAAAUCUAUAUAAGUACUAUUCUCAUGAUUCCUCAUAUAGUUAGAAGCAUGGAAAUAUAAAUAAAAACUCAAAUGAAUAUUUUUGGCUACCUAUCUCUGUGAUUGGAUUCAUCUUAGAUUUGCAUGUUUGAAAUUUGUCCAAAUCCUUUUGCAAUGCCUACUUAUUUUUGUAUAUUAUUAUCUUUCAUUUUCUUGCAUUUUGGUGUCUCAUGUUAAAGCAAUACCAGUGCACAAGCCAUACAGGUGUGGAACUGUAUUUUUUUGCAUAGUCUUGAUUUUUUAUUGCAUUGAUGUGUAAAAAGGCAUUUAUAAUCUUGCUUGCAAUAUGCUUAUGAACUGGGAUACUUAUAAGCAAUUUCAUUCAAUGCAGUUUUGUGAUGGUCACUUCAAAUUUAUACCUUCAAAGAUUGAACUUAAUCCACCUUUCAAAGUGCAUAUGAAUUCGUUCUAUUUUACAUGAAGGCCACUAAGAUUCUCAGCCUAUUUGUUGUAGUUAAAUAAAUAAAAAAUUGUAUCUUUAAAUUUUGGAAUUGAAUAUGAGCAAGUUUUCUUGCUUUAUUACCCAAAAUUUCAUUUCUAAAUUCUUAAACAAUGCUGUAGAGCUCUGAUACUUUAGAUUCUGUGGGAUAUUUGACAAAAACUUAAAAUUUGUGCUGUUCUGUUUACAGUUCCCACACCUCUGUUGAUUUACUUUUGAAUACAUUUUAUGUAAUUAAUGUCAGAGACUUUUGAUAAAUUUAAUAUUUGUGCAUUGGAUGUAUUUUAUGACAACGAUGUGUAUUUAGAUUGCAAGAAAUUUUAAUUUUUGAACUCUCAUUUUUUUUUCUUUGUUAAUUGUUCAUAGUAAAAAAAAGUUGACCAGAACUGUGUUCUUUGCCUCAACAACAUUCCUUUUAUUCUCUAAUGUAUCUUUUGUAUAUUCACGAUAUAUAUGAUUUGAGUACUCACAGAUCAUUAAAUAAUAUACCUUAAUUUCUCGAAAAUAAUAUUUUUUUAAUCAUGUUCCUGCUUCAGGUCUAAUUGAUUCAUUCAUCUGAAGGUGCAAUUGAAAACAAUUUAAAGAAAUCUGUUUAUAGAAACAUUUAAUGUAUGAACCGCAACUGUUGGCCGGGAAAGCCCAUAUUUCAGUUUUAUAAACUUGACCUCUAAAUUUAUUUAAAAUCCAAAUUGCUUUUCUGUAUAGAUUUCAAAUGCCAUCUUGAACUUUUAUUCAUCAAAAUAAAAGAAAAAGAAGUGAUAAAUUUAUAUGAAAUUAUUCUCAUUCAAAUAGUCCAAAUUUUUUUUUUUUUUAGUUCCUCAAUUAACUGCAAUUCAAAACUUGAUAUACAUCAGAGUUUUUAUGAUUGAUGCAAUUUUCCAUAGCACAGUGCACUUAAAAGUGCAGUAAGAAAACUCCCACUUGUCAUGCAAAUGUAAAGUUAUUUGCAAAGUAGUUUACACUGUAUGAGUCAAAUCCAUUUUCUGGUCAACUUCUGUAGCAAAUUGUGAGCCUGUUUCAUUCAGCUCUCAUUUUUCAACUUCGCAGCAAUAAUCUUUAUGGAUGAUAUGUAGCUUGUGACAUUAGAAUGUAUUUAAACUUGCUUUAUGUGCUACAAAGUUUACACAAGUGAAAGGGUCACUUUGGAAGAUAAGUGUCGCUUGUCAAAAUGUUUUUACCUUAUAUUAAAAAGUUUACUAAAUGCGUAUAUAUAUAUACAUAUACAUAACUAUGUAUUUUGUGGUUGGUUAUUUUCUGAUCAUGUCAUGUGUGUUACAAAGUUUAUUAUGCAUUUGGUCAGCCUAAUGUUGUUUCGUGUUUUCUUCCGAGAUGACUCCCAUUUUGUGAAUCAUCACUGGAAGCUUGAAUUCCAUGAUAAUCUCCACCUUCCCCCAUCCCAAUUCCCGAGUUAUUGGCACCCAAAAAAUCUUCUCGAGGCAAUACUAAAUAUAGUAAAAGUUUCUCUGCCGCAAUUUUGCUGCGAUAUUGUGAAAAAUCCCUCAGUGCAGUAGCAUCUGAGCUACAGGGGAUUACACCUUGUAUGUGUAACAUGUGACACUUCAAGUAGAUUUUAGAAAACAUUUAGAUUUAUAGGUUGGAAAAGGCUAGCUGGAAAACCGGAAAAAAUCACCUUCGUAAGCAGAGCAAUAGAAAUUCCCUGUUGUUUUUGUGAUGUGUACAGUUGUUAUUGAAAAAGAAAAAUCAGAGCUGUUUCAUAUUUGUUAUACUUUAUAUAUAUAUAAAUAUUAUAAAUAUAAUUAUAUAUAUAUAUAUAUAUACAUACAUACAUACAUACCUUGCUGUGUGUGGCGCAAAUAUAUCGCCCACCUUGAAUAAUUAAUUUAAUGCUUUGGCGCUUAUUCAUCGCUUCCGUUAUGUGUUUAUUUUAUUUUAUUUAUUUUUCAAAUAUCGCCCUUUAGAGAUUACAGAAUGUAAAAGCACAAAUAUAAUAUGAAGAUGCUAAAAAAACUCUAAAUUUUCAUCUAGAAGUCAGUUACUGUACAUAUAUUGCAUAACCAACUAGAUUUUAGGACGCUAUUUAAAAAGGACUGUUUAAAAAAAAAAAAUUGUGCAGCUUCAUUUCUGCCAGCAUUCCAUCUGGCGCCAUCUAUGAGCAAUACAUCUAACGAGCCACGACAUAACCAAUGCCUUGGGAAAAACGCUGCUAUCAGGCAACAAAGUGCUAUUUCUUUUACGUGAUAUAUUCGUGUAUAUACAUACAUAUAUCUCGUAGCUUUUUUUGACCCUGCCUGUCUGUAGAAAAAUCUGAAAAUAUUAAAAAAUAACUCCCCCCAAAAAUAAUUUCACUUCUAUGAUAUGCACUAAACUUUUGCCUUUAUUAUCGGAGCUGCGCAAAAAUUUGAACUCUUAAACACAUUAGAAUUUAGCAUAGUACUGCAAAUAAGUUGGGUAGUUUAUAGUUGAAAAAGUUCACCUUCCUUGCCAAUAUUUGGAUAAAUUUUAUGAGUCUGAGAGAGUAAGUAUCCAAAGAUUUUACCUUCUUCUUUUACUUCCAUUUUAUAAAAGGUCUUUUAACAUAGUAUUUAAUCAUGCAGAUUCAGUAAAAUCAUUUUUUAACAUCCAAAAUUAUGCUUCCUGUCUUUUAUUUUGGUAAAAAACUAUAAUGAAAAUUAUAAAAGGAAAAAUUUUAAUUUUUGUUAUUUUGGUAUAUUUUUCACUUAAUUCUGUGUUUCUAUCCAAUAUCAGUCGCUUCUAUUACUACAGAUGAAACUGGCGUUUCCUUCAAUUCUGACGUGAGAGCUAAUUUUAACAUUAUGGCGAGGAUACACACGUUUAGAUGCGUGGACUGUGAAAACUUCUAUUUUGACGCAGCGCAUUUUGCAGCACUUGCUUCAAAACAACAUCUGGAAUUUUUUUAAUAAUAUUAAUAUAAAUAGAUGUAAAUAGAAAUUUUUACGCCAAAAGUUUGGACAUGGAGAAGAAGUUAUGUUUCGGAAAAUAUUAGAAUAUAAUAUUUAUUCUGUUUACAAAAGUAAAAGUACAGAGAUUUCACGGCUCUUAACAACAUAAUGAUCUGUAUAAGCUCCAAAUUAGUCAAUGUUUUAUUAAACAUGGCGAAUUUACGUUCCAUUGCUGAUUUAACUACUAUACAAUUAGAAAAAAAGAGGAUCCUUACGAAACGAACUCUACAGAAUCUUUAAAAUAGAGACAUGCAGCAUAUUUUACAUUACUUAAAAUAUAGUUUAAUUAAAAUAAUAUUAAAAAUCCCCCCAUAAAAUGUAGUAUAUUAUUAUUAAGAAUAAUAAUAAAAAUCAUGUUGAUAUUCUUACGUAGAGAAAAAACAUGGCGAAUACCACCUAGAACUUUAACGUUAUUAAAUUCGAACUCAGCUUGUUAACCCAUGCAGUCUAAAAGCUCAUGGAAUACAUUCCAGCUGCUCAUUUUCAUUCUUUCUAAUUGCUCUUCCUUUAACAACACUUGAACACACUACAUUGGUUCAUAGCAUCUUGGUUUGAGGCAAAUCCUGUAAUCUUAAUUAUUCCUGUACUUUUAAAUCAUUUCCUCAGGCUUUCUUUGUUUACGUUUGUAAACCCUGAAUGGCUGAAAUAAUUUUAACAGACUGUUAUCUCGCCAUCGAUAGGUCUGUCUUCUGUGCAGUAUCAGAAAAGACCCCUCCCUCCCCACCGACCGAAUUAGCUGCUUAAGUUAAGCUCUAACUAUGGAAUUUAUUGUAUGUGAGAUUUUCCCCAGUUUUCAAUUUUCUUUAAAAAAGAAGAUUCUUUCUUCUUUCAGAAGAUUCGCAGAUUUUUUUUAUGGAAUCAGAAGAUUCUUUCCCUUCUUCCCAUUUUCGUUAAGUAACCGUCGUCGAAUAUUAUCCUAAAUUUUUGAAACGAUGUGUUAGUUAUUUGUAAAAGAUAUAAUUUGACCUUAGAGGAUUCGAGACUUUCCAUGAGACACGUAUGUUAGAAUGGUUUACUAAUUAAAUUGUUUGAUUUCGUUUCGUAUUGUCAUGGCAUUAUCAUCAUUUGCACACGUGUACCUAUAAAUUAAUACUAUUUAAAUUAUUUCAGAUUUUUCAAGAGGAACAAAUAAUACUUUUAACAAUUCUUUUAUCCGCACAUAUUCCUAACUGGAAUUCGGUAUCAGAAACAGUAAGUAGUAUAGGUGCAGCUUUAUCGCCCACCAAGAGCUUGUAAACAUCGAUACGAAACAUGUAUCAUUAUAAAGUAUAUUAUAUAAAUUUGCUUAUCAACGAUGUUAUUAAAAUUUUUAAGAAUGAGAAAUUUCGUGUGAAAAAUAAUUUUUUGUAAUCGUGUGUUAUGCUUUAGACGUCCUAAUUGAGAAAGUUUUUUCUGUGGUAAUUCUAUCUUAAUGGUUUAACUAAUAUCAGGUAAAUAUUCUUAUUUUUUCUCGUUCUUCUGAACUGAGCAUUUACCAUUUCAUCUGGCAUUCGACAUUUCACUCAAAAGUGCCUCACAAGUUAUAGAAUUUUUGAUGAUGUACUGCCUGCUUAAUGAAGACAGUUUUGCAUAAACUGCGUUAGUUUGUAAAAUCAUGAAAUUCUAGCACCGUGUUCGUCAUUCAGAUUAUCGCUUUAAAACAGACUUUUUUGCGUGGCUCCGAAAGUUGCUGUCUCUUUAGCUCUUCGUUUGUGUGUCUGUGUAUGUGAUAUCGUAGCUCUUCGUUUUUGUAUAUGUAUGUUUGUAUGUCUGUUUUCAAAUGUACGUAUGUGUUUGUUAAAAACUUCAAACCCAGGAAGGUCGCAUUGUGAUUUGUAAAAGGUGAUCUGAACAAAAGAAAAGAAAUUCCUCCCCUCAAAAUAUUGGGAAAAUCGCAUUUCUUCUAAUUGAUUAUGCUGAUAUAUAGAAGAUUUGUGUAAACUCUAAAACGACCUUGAAAGAUAAAAGUUUUCCAAAAUUUUCAAUUGUAAUGUGUAACUGUGAUAAAUCAUACUUUUGAUUAUAAAACUAAAAAUGAACUUCUUGUGCUGUUCGCCAUUCUGAAAUUAUAGAACAAAAAUUUUCCAUUGCUUUCUUUUAUACAGGGGACAAAAUUCAACAUAAAUUAUGAAACUGCACGUAUGGUAACCACUUUACUCUGGCACUUUUGUUCUUUUUUCCACUUUACUCUUUUUGUUUGUUAAUGUUCUGAAGUCUUCGAAAUGUAUUUUGGAUUUAUUAGAUGAUUUACUGGGAAUAUUUCUUCGAUGAACAACCUUUUUUUUUUCGCUCUUUUUAGAACAAUUACUCCUAAAAAUUGAAACUUAAUGAGAGUUUUGUCUAUUCUAAAAUACGGGUAAAAUGAUCUUUCAUUUCUCAUGUAGUACUUACUCUGUUACUUUUAUCUGCUAGAGUUGGCAACUGUCUGUCUCAAUAUUAAAACUCUUCGGUAUGAUCCAAAAUCAAACAUGUGCAAAUUAUAACAGGGAAAGAUUUCAUUCAAAUUCAAUAAUAAUUGCGAAAGUUCAAAGCAAAGUAACUUAUUAAAAAUAAAUUUUAUUUCCUAAUGGUUUUGCAAUCUAUUUCAGAUUAAAAGACGAAAAUUAAUUGUGUGUAAAAGAAACAAUACGUUAGCAUUAAGUUUUAUUUAAAACAACUCUGCAAUAAGUUAACACAUUAAAAGGUAUUGUGUUUAAGAAGGCACCAAAUUUGUCUGCAUUACGAUUGACACAUCUGAAGCAUGCAACCAUUUGAAAAGCGCAAAACAAUAAAGCCUCGUAUAUGAAUUUAUUUUUCAGGCAUUUAUUAUUUCGCAGUUAAGUACAAUCAAUCACAUCUGUUAGAUUUGAUAAGUUUUUAAUACAUUUUUAGAUCAGUUUGAGUAUGUAUGAUGAAAUUCACCUAAAAUUAGCUGACAGCAACUCUGCAAGAAGGAACAGUUUUUAAUCAGUUCACUCACUAGUCUUGUGAAAUCAUAAAUUUUAGAACUUAUACAACUUCCUUUAUUUCAGUGGAUCAGAAAUUAUAUUCACGUAAUUUUUAGGUGCACCCUCAAUAGCAAGUUUGCCAUUUGAGUCGUGAGAGUAUGAUUCUAUUUUUUAGUUUACGCAAGUACUGCAAGUUUAGAAAACUCACGCUUUCAACACAAGAAUAGUACUAAUGUGUUUGCAAAUUUGAAAUUACUUUGCACUUGUAGAUUGCGCAAUUUUGUAAUUCUGCUGCAAUAUUUAGCUGUACUGUACACAUCUUUCAAACACUUGAAGCGGUACUUGUUGCUACUCUUUGUAGUCUGUACGAAAUUGUGGCAAAGCUUACUCAAUCAUGCAUACAUAUACAUACAUAUAUAUAUAUAUACCUAUAUAUACAUUAUAUAUAUAUAUACACACAUGUGUGUACAAUCACUUGUUCAUUGUAUUAUCAACGUGCAGAAUGCUUUGUGUACAGAUAGUUUGUAACUUCUCUUUUUAUAAUUUAUACAGAGCCUUUCGUUUGUGCAUUUAAGAGCGGUAAUAUAUAAAAUGUGUUCACUUGUUUUUAACUCUUUAAAAAUGAGUCAUUUUUAGUUUGUAUGAAUGCCUACUUAUGCAGUUAUGUUGUUCAUAUUUUUUGAUGGAUACAUCAUUUUUAAAGGAUGUAUAUGUAUAAAUUUCUUAUUUUUUGGAAACCAAGUCUUUUGUCAACUAGAAAUCUACGGCAGCAUAGGAAGAUUUCGAUUGGUAUAGUAUCAACCGGGGAAGGAUUUUUUAUAUUAUAUUUUAAGCUCUUCGCUUUCGAAUGACAUUUAAUAUUACCUCGAUUUCUUGUGAUAAAACACUUUUGAAAGAAAAAAUAAAAUAAAAACGGGAAAUUUCUUGAACAGAAAUCAGCUUUCUGUGUCAAUCAGCUUCGAACGAAUUUUUUGGAAAGAAACUAAACGUCUACAUGCUUCCACUAUAUAUGCAAUAAUUUUGUAAAUUUUUUCAUUAUUAAAAUUGCAGGUGAAACGUGUAUGCUGUUUGUGAUUUGCUACACCUGCAUAUUAUUCUAAUGUUUGAGGAACUCGAGCGCAAAGCUAUCUGUUUAUUGUGCAUUCAAAAAUUUCAAUAUUUUCUUGGUACUUUUAAAGUUAAUUAAAGGGCAAAUAUUUUUUUUUUUUUUUUGGUAAAGCCAUAAGCAAUUUAUUCGAAUAUUUUAUACACUGUAUACAUUAUUUUAAUAGCUGACGAAGGCCGAUAUUUAAUUAUAUAGUUAACUAAUUUCAAAAUCAGAAUUUAUACAAAAAAUAUAAUUUUUGAAAUUUACGAACGUUGGUGUUCUUACUUUUGGUGUUUGUCAAAAAAAGAUAUAGGAAUACUGAAUUUUGGAUUUUUGUAUGCCAUUAAUUAUAGAAACGUGAAAAAGUUAAUUGCCAUUUUAUCUGCAUAUUUCUUAAUAUUUGAAUUAAGUUUUCGAAAAUAUUCAUAAUUUAAUCUUAUUUAAAAUGUAGUAUUUUAAUAGAACUAUUAAGGUAUGCGUUAUUUAUUCAAUGUAACGAAUGUUUUAGCAAUUUUGGCAUAAUGUUCAAUAACUGAAGCUGAAAGGUUUCAUAUAAAAGGUUUCUAAUUUUCAACUGAAUUGAAUUACCUACGAUUAAAAUGAAUUAUGAUAUUUUCAAAACAAGUACCUAUAAAAAAUAUUCGAAUUGUUGUGAUCAUUGCACUUAGACAAUCAGGACUAAUCGAGCAAAAUGCAGCGCCUCUCUGAUGUAAUAAAUAAAUGACUUCAAUUUUCGAAUAGAUUUGAUCUUAUGGCUUUAGCAAUCAAUAUAUUCAGUCUAUUUCUUUUAAUGCGUAAAAUAUGAAUUUAUGUCAUUAUUUAUUUCUUGUUCAAUUUGAUCAGUGUAGCAUAGGAUAUGAGUAUUGGAAAAAUGUUUCGCAAAUGUUCCGUUUGAUAAAGCAAAGAAAAACUGUAAAAGAAAAAAAAAAAAAAAAUUACGUGUAAAAUGUCGCGAAGCGAUAUGAUUUGCUGCUUACAUUUGUUGUACUUGCAUGGAAACAGCGCAUGUUGUCUUUGACUUGUAUGCUUUACAUUUUUGUUUGUUUCGCUGUAUAAAAUGAUUGCAAAAAUUGUUGUGAUGUGUAAAAUAAAACUAUUAACUGAUGAGAGUGUUGUUUUUUAAAAAAAAUUAAUGAUUAAUGAAUAAUUUAAAAAGUGUGUUAAAAAGCGGAGAAAAUGUAGCUCCUACAAUCCCAGUGUUGAUAAAUGUGACGUCUUUGUUCUGUGUCAAUGAAAAAAAAUAAAAUAAUAAUAAAAAAAAAUGUGUUCCAUUUUCUCGCUUAUUUGCGGGGGAAAAUAAACUAUGUAAAAUCCGA